AUUUAGUCUAUGUUGUAAGCUUCUCUCGAAGGGGUGUUGUGAAUAUGUGCUUCAAAUGAUUUAAAUAAAUCCCUGCGAAUUUUGAAAGGAGUUGUGUCUUUUAUACUGGUUCUGAAGCUGAAGUCAAAAUGCUGCGCUUCCUCAGCCGGAGAGGCCGCUCAUCGAGCCAGAACAGAAACAAACAAGGUCAGAAAACUCCUACAAAUAAAAACUUGAUACAAUGUAAAGUAAUGUUACUAGAUGAUACUGACUUGUCUAUUAACUUGUCCAAGAAAGCCAGUGCUGUUGAUCUCUAUGAACAAGUAUUUUACUCACUUGACCUGAUUGAAAAAGACUACUUUGGUCUUCAGUUUACGGACACAAACAAUGUAAAGCAUUGGCUGGAUCCCACGAAAACCAUAAAGAAACAAGUUAAAAUUGGUCCACCGUACACUUUAAGACUUAAGGUUAAGUUUUAUUCAUCAGAACCAAACAAUUUAAGAGAGGAACUCACUAGGUAUCAGUUCUUUUUACAAUUGAAGAAGGAUAUCCUGGAGAGUAAACUAGAAUGCCCUCACUCUACGGCUGUAGAGUUAGCAGCUCUUGCUCUGCAAUCAGAGCUUGGAGACUUUGAUGAAGCACUGCACACUCCUGCCACUGUCUCCGAAUUCAGGUUUGUACCCAACCAAACAGAAGAAAUGGAGAUUGAAAUAUUGGAAGAGUAUAAAAAAUGUAAAGGACUGACCCCGGCACAAGCUGAAGUCAAUUAUCUGAACAAAGCCAAGUGGCUAGAAAUGUAUGGUGUUGACAUGCAUAUCGUUCUUGGUAAAGAUGGAUGUGAAUACCACCUUGGUCUCACCCCAACUGGAAUUCUUGUCUUUGAAGGUCCUCAAAAAAUUGGUUUAUUUUUCUGGCCAAAAAUAAGUAAACUUGAUUUCAAGAAAAAAAAGCUCACCCUAGUUGUAGUUGAGGAUGAUGACCAAGGUCGUGAACAGGAGCAUACUUUCGUUUUUAGGCUCCACAAUGAAAAAGCUUGCAAACACCUUUGGAAGUGUGCAGUCGAGCACCACACAUUCUUCCGCUUGCGGGCACCAGUUAAAGGUCCAUCAGCUCGACAGAACUUCUUUAGAAUGGGAUCGCGAUUCCAGUAUUCUGGAAAGACAGAGUAUCAAACAACUCAGCAGAAUCGCGCACGUCGCACUGUUCAGUUUGAGAGACGGCCUAGUCAGAGGUUUGCUCGAAGGCAAAGUCAUGUUCUCCGGGAAAGAGAAAAACAGACUACUCCAAAAGCAGAGGCUUCAGUUUCCAAUGAAGGAACAGAUGAAGUACCUAGUGUAUCCACUGAACUAGCAAGCUUGCUUCCUGACUCUAGCCAGAGUACACUCUCUAGGAAGAAUAGUGCUAAGUCACAGAAGUCUUCUAUUCUUGACACAGAAAUGAAACUAGCAGAAGUUGGAGAGCCAUCAACUAAGAAUCUCAUGGAUGAAGAACCACCAAAAGAAAUCUUACUCUCCAAAGAAGAUUCUAUUAGCAACAAAGUCUUGUUUAAGGUUGAAAAACCUGUGGUGGAGGAAAAGAAGAAUAAUCUUACCCAACUGGUUGUCAAUAAACCAACUUGCAACUGUUCUCCGUCCACACCUGUAUCCGACUCUAAUCCUCUUAAUGAUCUCCUAAUGAGUUUGGUUAAAGAGAAGUUGAAUAAUGAUGAUUCUAAAAAUGAAGUUAAGAGAGAUCAAUUAGACUCGGCAGGUGACAAGGAGUUUAACAACCAAGCCAAGUGUUAUUUGACAUCUACAAAAGCUUUGCCACCAGGACAACUUAAAUGCAAUAAUAUAUUGAAAGCUCGUGAGAAUGAAGUCAAAAUUAUAAAUGAAACAACAAACAUUAACUUAUCUGUGCAGCCAUCACCAUCACCUAAGAUCUUGAAUGAGCCUCUUGCACAGCCUUCUAACCAGAACAAUUCUCAGUAUGUUUCUAUUGUUGUGGUGGAGCCCCCCCAGUCUCAAGCUAAGGUUGCUUCUCCAAAACCAGCUUCGAGGAAAGAGGAAGUCAUUCCUAAGGUUCAACCAAUAUCUUCAUUAUCUCCUUGGCUUGUGACAUCAGAGCCUAGUUCACCAUCUGGGAUCGGUGAAAAGGAAAUCACUAUUAUACAUCGUAAGUCUGUGAUCACUACACAGUUAUAGUUACAUUUUUACUAGUACUUUUAGUAUAAAGAUAGUAAAUAUAUAUAAUUUCCUUCGGAAUCUGCUGAUUUCAGUAUUUUAAAGUAUUUGUUGUUAAGGAGAGUAUUAUUAUUGUGCCUUAGAAAUAUGAAAUAACAAUUUUGGUCAAAUAUGUACUUACGACAAGCCCCCUAUUUAAAUAGUUAUAUUAUGUUAAAAUGCCUUAUUUAACUGGUACCUUUUUGGUAUAAAGAUAAUCAUUUCGCUUUUUAAGUUUCGAAGGAAACCCAAAGCGAGACUGAAGUAGUAAAUAUUGUAUUGAAUUGUUUAAUUCGGAUCUACAAUGACUUAUUAAAAAUGCAGUUAAUCAAGACUGAAAGAGUUUUAAAAUGAUGACAAACAUUCCAUAGCUCUUUAAUAUUGUGAUAUGAAAUUUUACCGUCCUAUUGAUACAUGUUUGUUCUUAUAAAUAUAAUUUGUUUGUAUUAUUAACAAUAAUAAUUUAGUACAAGUGAAUGACAGUAUUAACAAAAUGUAAACAAUGAUUUUGUAAAAUCAGGGGUGCCAUAAUUUUCUCACCUCUUGCAAUUUAACUAUGAUUAAUGAAAUUUAUACUAAUUUUAUUAUAAUAAUUUGAAAUUUUCAUAUGAUUAAUAUUAAUGCAAUGAACUUUUUAAGUGAAAUACGAUAAUAUAACAUAAUGAAAUUAAUGAAUAUUUGUAAUUUUGUAUGCAUUAUGAUUUGUAAAAAAGAUUUUUGGAUAAUUGGGAUUUUGAUUGAAAUCCCAAACCACUGAAAUAUGUACUUAAAUACGUUAUUAAAUAACUUGUAAUAAUUUCGUGAAUAAUACUGCUGCCUUAUAGAAUAUACAGUAACUUUUACCUGGCUGAUUCAUCGUUAUUUGACCCAAUAUGUGUCAACAUUCAACAACUAUAGUGAAAAUAAAUAAGAAGUGUCUCAUUGCUCUAGAGCCUAACUUGCAAUAUAUAAAAUGGUAUUAAAAUAUUUUUACCACUUGCAAAUACCAUUUUUAUGAGAUUACUAAAAUGUACACCUUAUUUAUUUUAUUUUUUUCCAUUAGAUAAGAUAAGAUACGAUAGAUUAAGUUUACAGUCGUAUCGUGGUCCUAAAUUUGUCAGCUGAACGAGAUGGCUCUUUACAGUGCAAUAUGUUUUGUGGUUAGCAAAUUGGAGGUCUUUAGUUCUUCUUCCAAGCAAGUAAUGUCAAUUAAAGUGUAGUUAACAUAUGCGGCGACGUCUAUAUAAUAUGUUGCUUCAGUUGCUUGCUUGAAAGGGAUGUUAUUAUUGUGUUUUUGUUGUGCUUUGGUUCUUACUGUUAUGCUGUGUAACAUAUUUGAAUUAAAUUAAAUAAAUAAAUAAUAAAUUGUUAUGACCCUUACAUGUUUCGUAUAUAAGUGUCUCUGUAUUUAAAGUGUAUGUUCUCUAGGGCGGCAGAAUACGGGUGCUGUGUUUUUUUUUAUCAGAUAUAUCUAUAUGUCGAUAGGUUAUUACAAAUUAAUAGUGCCAAUUAUUAUUGGUAUUUUUUGUAUCAAGGUGCUUGGGAACAAUUUAUUGACUAUUAUUAUUUUAAGUUAAGCAAUUUUCAAUAAGACUAAGUAUAAUCGAAUAUUUUAAAAUGUAAUAAAAUACUCUAUCCCUUUCUUAAUAUAAAUGUACUUAACUAUUAUUUUAGUGUUACUUAAUAUGUAUCUGAGUAUACCUACUUAUUGUUUUAAAUCAAUGACAUUUUACUUAUUAAUUGUUAAAAGUAUAAGAUAAAUAAUUAUGUACCUUAUGUUUUACAUGCUGGACAUAAAUAUAUUAU